AUGACGAAAGUGAUGGUGGAUUGCACAAUGAGGAUGUUAGUUGAGUGGAGAAACCAGAGGAGUGUUGAUCAAAAGUGUUUUGUGCCAUUUCUCCCAGAGAAACUCAGAGAUGAGAUUUUUAAAGAAUGCGGUAAAGACAACACCCCAGAUUCGGACAUUUUCUCUAGACUCAAACUGAUAACAUUGGAGCUCAUGGAGUCGCUUCGCCCAGCAAUUUUUCCCCCGAGAAGCAUCAAAAGAUUUGAAGCUUGA